AUGACAGAAAUUCGAUCCUCGCAAGCUGGUCUGGAGGAUCCGGAUCAGCUGGCUCGGAAUGGUCAUGUCUCAAAAAAUUCCAAGCGGGAUUUGAGCGGGUCCGAGGAGUCAUCGCAACCUUCGUCCGCGUCAAACGACCGCUCCGAGUCACCACCCCACUCGAAAUCUCAUGCGGAAAUACCACCCAUCAUAACCGAUGUCUCAGAAGCAACGGCGACCUUCCGCCAGGCCUUCCCCGGCCUUUACGGUGCCCGGCCCCCCUCGAACCGAUCCUCAUCGAGCUCCCUCCAAGCCCUCAACGAAGAUAUCGUGGUCGAUGUCCGAUCGGAAAAUGGAAGCAUUGGAAGAAGUCCCCGACGAACAUCAAGACACUCGGACCAUCAAUUACCAGUCUACCCCGAUCAAUCCUAUGCCUCCCUCCAAUCCCAAGUGCAUCCCACCUGGCAAUCGCACCACGUCACACAACCCGAUCCUCUACCUCGAUACGCCUAUGCUCGUGGUGUUCGCACUGCGGGCAACACCCCGGUGUCGAGCCCAGGGCUAUUCUCCAUGAGACAUCCCCGCACAGGAACUCCAUCCGGGUCUGACGAUGACAUCUCGAUGCGAAGCUCCCUUCUCCAUCCUUCACACCUUCAACCACCGAAAGAAACCCACACCGCCGAAGUGGAUCGAGACAUGAUCACGGGCAACAAAACCAUCAAUCAAUACGAGAUUCUGGAAGAGCUUGGACGUGGUGAACAUGGCAAAGUGAAACUAGGCCAGCAUGUCGCGACUAGGCAGAGAGUCGCCAUCAAGAUUGUCCAGCGAUACUCCACCCGCCGCCGGUUAGGCAAGUUGGGCAAUCCGGAAGACAAAGUGAAAAAGGAGGUUGCUAUUCUGAAGAAAGCACGGCAUCCCAACGUUGUCAGUUUGCUUGAAGUCAUCGACGACCCGAAUCGGCAAAAGGUGUACAUUGUGCUGGAGUAUGUUGAAAAUGGCGAGAUCGUCUGGCGUAAGAAGGGUUUACGAGAAAUUGUCCACGUUGACAAAUUACGUCUUGAGCGGGAGAAGAGUGGAAUCCCAGACACUCCCGCGUUCUUAGAAGAAAGCCAUCAGUUCAUUCGAACUGCUCAGCAUCUACGGCGACAAAGAGAAAAGGCUCGUGAGCGGAUUGAAGCACAGGCAGCCGAUGCCCAACAAGGGCCAAUCCCCGCUUGGAGUUUGGAGCACGGCGCGGAGUCUUCAGAUGAGGAGGAUGAGGAGACUGGUCUUCCCAUGAGGAGAUCAUCUAGCCGGUCUGUUGCGGUAACGGACGAGUCAAGCCCAUCUUCCAUCCAGGAUACAUCCCUCAGUGCUGUCGAAGGCACCAUGUAUGGCGCUUAUGCAGAUUACCCUUUCGAACGACGGUUCAGCACAGCGUCUAGCAGUUUUGGCUAUGCCCCCUCUGAGCCCGAGUGGUCUGCAGAAGGUGAUGACAUGGCAUACGUUCCUUGUCUAACCAUCACUGAAGCUCGCAGCGCUUUCCGGGACUCGGUACUUGGGUUGGAAUACCUUCAUUACCAGGGGAUUAUUCACCGUGAUAUCAAGCCUGCCAACCUCCUUGUCACUAGCAACCAUCGGGUAAAGAUUUCCGAUUUCGGCGUUUCCUACCUGGGGAGACCGAUGCGCGACGAGGAAGAGGAGAAUGUCGGCGAGACUGACGCAACAGAGCUGGACGACGCCCGUGAAUUGUCAAAGACUGUGGGUACUCCGGCUUUCUACGCUCCUGAAUUAUGCUACACGGGCGAUGACUUCGUGGAGACCAUUGGGUCGAUCCCCAAAAUCACUGGUGCGAUCGAUGUUUGGUCACUCGGCGUCACAUUGUACGGCAUGAUCUUCGGUCGCCUGCCAUUCGUUUCAGAUGAUGAGUACAGCAUGUUCCAGACCAUUGUGAAGAAGGAAGUCUUCAUUCCACGGAAGCGUCUAGUGCCCGUGAUGGAUGAUGCAUCCGACGCCAACCAGCAUAACCUGAGGCAUGAUGAUGAGCUUGUCUAUGAGAAAAUUGACGACGAGCUAUACGAUUUGCUCAGGCGUUUGUUGACCAAGGACCCGGUCAAGAGAAUUACCCUGAAGGAGAUUAAGCACCACCCUUGGACCCUCUUUGGUCUCCCCAAUCCUCGAAUCUGGAUCGAAGAGAGUGAUCCUGGCUUCCAAAGCAAGGGCAAGCGAAUCGAGGUCUCGAAUGAAGAAGUCACAAGUGCUGUCAGCAAGGUCCCCUUCAUUCAACGUGUUCGAUCAAAUGUUGCCAAGUGGUUCGGUGGUCGAUCAAAGGAUAAGGAAUCGCGCAAGCGUACAUCGAGUACAACACCGUCCACGGACACUUUUUCAUCUGCCUCAAGCAAUAGCACAUUCGGCAAAACCUCUCGCGACAGUCGUCCGUCCAGCCUGCGAGGUGAUGAUGAUCUCUUUCGGCCGUUCAGAUUUCCUGCUCACGGACAUCCGCUCGCCCAAAGCGUUACUGCAAGCCCAGUAGACGAAGGCGAUUGGCAAUCUUACUUUGAUGCCUCGCCAGCUGCAGCUAAACUUGCUGCGGCGACAAAGCCUGUUGCUCCACCUCCGGCCGUCACACCGCGACCUGGUCCUCCUCGCCGCGCAAAGUCCUCCAUCUCUACAGCAGACUCUACAAAGACGAUCAAGUCAUCUCAUUUUGAUACCCCGUUGACUCUACGGCCACGGUCGGGAGUGCAUUCUUCCAUUAUCGAAGCUUUGGGGCAGACCAACUUCGGGAGUCUGUUCAGCGGAGCUACCCGCCGGGCAUCGCGUGGUAGUCACAGCCGACGCACGUCUCUGUCUGGCGAGGCGGGAUCUACGCAUGUAGAUGGAGAACGAUGCGCUGCUGAACCCAGCCUCGCUGUCAGCAAUGCAUCUGCUCAGGGCCAAGUGGGCACUCCUGGCCUAUGGCAUGAUGAUGAUAACUCUACACCGGAGACACUGGGUGUCAGUCACGCACACCGUCGCAAUCGAUCAUCGCAACUCGAGGGUACUUCACCUGCAGAAUCAUUCAAUCUGACCAGAGAUGCACUUCUGCGCCGCAGACAGAGUGAUAUGGAUGCGAAUGAAGGAGGUACCCUCAGAGUCGACUACGCGAUGUAUUCUACCGAAUCGCUCCUCCUGCCACCCAUCACUCCAGCUACUAAUCAAGGGUCUUCUGCCGACAAUUCCAACAAUGGGCUGGCUACCUCCACCCCGGCCACUAUCUCUUCCUCCUCUGCCGACGACUUCACUAGCGGGAUGUCCCAAAGUGCCUCGCACCCAAGCAUCCCGUCGGUCGUUUCAAACGCCUCCUCUCUUUCCGGCGAUGGUUAUUCGAUCAAGGAAAAUACUCUAGAUGAAGUACCAUCUAUGCUCCGCACCGGUGAAACAGUUAAACCUCCUCGCCCGAGCUCCCCCCGAUCCUCCGAAAUGGACGAGUCGAGAUAUUACUGUGAUGACGAGGAUGAAGAUGAGUCGGAAGACGAAGGCCUUGUCAUCGGAAAGCGCAAGCCGCCUCCCAAAGCAGCCGUGGAUUCCCCAUCGCAAUCGUCGAACUGA